UCGGUUGAAGGAAGGCCACAUUGAACGGCACUGCCUUCCGCAUGCGCACAUCGGUUGGCCGCUCCUGUGCCAUCUUCUGACAGUCAGCUGUUAGACGCGCAUGCUCGCAGCACUUCGUGUGCUGCGAUGGAACAACAGUCCCUUGUUUGACAGAUCAGCUGACUGGUGGGGUCAACGGACAGCGACGGCCUUGACUCUGAUCUGACCGCUUCGACGGAUUUGUACUGCCCCUGAACUGCUUAAUGGAUUGGACACACAAUGCCAAAGAUAAACUACAAACUACUGCCUGUAAAGGCGCAUUACUUCUUCUUCAUGGCCUCCUUGGGACCCAUACUGCACCAGCUGAAUGUAUUUGGCAAGCAGCUGGGUGUCUCAGAAGUCGUAAUUGGAGGGAUUAAUGCAAUCUUGCCCAUCUUGUUCCUGCUUGCAAAACCUGUGUUUGGCUUCGUGGCCGACUACUUUAGAAGCCAGAGGAAACUGGUCUUCAUGCUGCUCGUCUGCUCCAUGAAUGUGUCUCUUGUGUCGCUGUACUUUGUACCUCAGCCCAAGGUGCCCUUCCUUGCUGAAUAUAGACUGAAUGCUAUUAACACCAGCUUGAUUCAUGAAUGCACGAAUUUGAGUAUACAUAAUGAGACAAAAUGUGGUGAUACGCAAAUUGUGCUGUGUGACUGGACUUGUGAUGAUUCUUUUAAUGGAACUGGUCUUCCUGCUGUUCUGUAUACAGACAGUAGAACAUCUUCUCAUGGAAGCCUUCAUUUGUGUCUGACUGGAAACAAUGCAACAUUUUAUCCCUUUCUCAUGGACCCGAGAACAAGUUGUGAUUUUAGAUGUGCUAUGGAUAAGAACAGCAACAAUGACUGUCUGUAUGGUACAGCAGCAUUCUGGAUAUUUGUGAUUCUCAUGUCCUUGGGAACAAUUGGUUUCAAUGUUUCAAAUAGUGUAAGUGAUGCCAUCUGCUUUGAUGUUCUAGGUAGUGGUUGUGAAAUGAAAUAUGGAAGGCAAAGAGUUUGGGGCACUAUUGGAUUUGGUGCGACAGCUCUGAUAUCUGGCUAUGCAGUUGACUGGUGGUCAGGAGACAGUGGACUGAAAGAUUACACACCAGCAUUCAUUCUUGUAUUAACAUUUGCUGUCAUUGACCUAUACUUCUGUACAAAAUUGGAGCUUCCAGUGAUUCCACGGUCAGAGAGUAUUUUUAAAGAUCUUAAGGGGCUGCUAAGAUUGAAACACAUUUUAGUAUUUCUAAUGUUUGCAACAUUAGCUGGAAUUGUAGACAGUUUCAUCAUAUACUUCCUGUUUUGGUACUUAGAAGACCUAGCAAUGAUGGGAGGUGGCAUGAAUAAUAUGAAACUGCUUGAGGGUCUCACAAUAGCAGCUGAGACAUUGGUCGGUGAAGUGAUAUUCUUUUCCAUAUCAGGUAAAAUCUUGAAGCUUAUAGGAUAUGGACAUUCACUGACACUUUGCUUCUUGGCAUAUGCCCUUAGAUUAUCUCUUAUAUCACUGAUUCCCUCGCCGUGGUGGGUGUUGCCAAUUGAACUAUUCAUGCAAGGUCCUACAUAUGCAAUGUGCUAUACAACAAUAGUUGCUUAUGCCAGUGCUGUCUCACCACCAGGAGCAUCUGCUACAAUGCAGGGAAUUGUAGCUGGCAUGGAUGAUGGUUUUGGAUACGCAAUUGGCAGUAUGAUAGGUGGUUUGUUAUAUCGAUGGGUUGGUGGAACUAAAGCAUUUAAAUGGUUUGGGACCACAGCAGCAGUAUGUGGCCUAGCUCAUUAUAUAAUGUACCAAAUGUUUCUGAAGAAGACUAUGGUCCCCGCAGGUGCAUCACAACAGUACAAAUCUCCAGAUGAUGCAGUUCAGGUGACAGAUGUAGCUGCUGCUGAUGAUGAAAAAUGAUCAGUCAGAAAAUUUGAAUUUCUUAAAUUCAAGAAAUCAAUUCUGUCUGUUCCUUGAAGAUGUCACAACAGUGCCUGAUAUGUAAAUAAUGCAAAUGAUGCACAAAACAUUUUGUAUGUUGUUGUAUCUAUCAGAGUUUAUAUUUUCUAUGUAUAUUUGUAUUUGUAAUAAAUGUUUUGAUGACAUUGUACUGUCACUGUUACAAAGAAAUAGUUUCCAAAGUUGCAGGAGUGCAUAUCAAUCAAAUAAUUUGGAGAUACAAGGAGUAAACACAAUAUAUCAUUAUGUAUGUAAUUUGUGGUUGUAAGGCAUUUUAUCCAUUUAAGAAAUAAGCAUUCCGCUAAUACUGCUCUCUGCACCCAACACCAAGAUUAGUUUCAUUGCUAGAGAAACUGCAAAAUAAGUAAAUAAAGUAGAAAAAUGAAGUGAUUACUCAGUCUUACAAAUAAUGUAAGACAUGAUGGAAUGCUUACCCCCAUUUCAGUUUCAAAUACAAGUACUCAAAAUCUGUGAAAAAGUAAUUUUUUGUCGUACAAUAACACUGAAUAUGGUAAUUAGAAAACUUAAGGUCCCACCUGUUACAUCUAGCAUCACCUGUUUGUUGGUCAUAACUGCAAAGAACUUAGACAUACACCCUGUAUUUCCCUACUAAACCAGGUUGGGCAGGCUCCCACUACAUGCUUAAAUAUAAAUCAAGAGUCAGUCAUAACACACAGCUCUGGUACAGACACUCAAAAAUAGAGCCACAGUGUGUCAAGCUCUCUAAAUUCAUUAAAAAACAAAUAGUGUGUGGAUAAGAAAACACACUGCAAGCAUGAUAGACAAGUACAUAUUAUUAUUAUUAUUAUUAUUAGUAUUAUUAUUAUUGCUGUUUAGUCAGCAAUCUGUGAAGGAAUGAAGAACAAUUUUUGUGAAAAAUAUUUCUUUUAAUUCAACAAAAGCUGAUAUCAAAAUAGUUUUUACACCUCUGUGAGACUUUCAAAAGAGAUACUAUCACCUGAUACAAAUACAGGUUGGCAUGAUGUAUGUCAUAAGAAAAGAACUGCUUAUUGUUAUGAUAAGCAAAUCCACUACUGCAGAAUAACAAUCAAUCAGAAUUGUAAUCUGUUAAGCACUUACACUGAUCCAGUGAGUCGGUGAUAUUUUAUUCAGCUGAUUUGUUUCACAGUUAGGAAAAUUCAACUUAACAAGAUCAUAAGUAAACAAGGAACUGUCAAACUUAAAGACUAAGAGAAAAUGUAACAAUGAUAAGAUGUGCCUGAAGUCCAAAGAACAAUAAAAUGCACUUGAAUCUCAA